CACCAUCCCUUCAACUCCAUUUUUUUCUCCUCCCUCCAAGCCCUACAGGAGAUUUCUUCCCAUUUCCCACACUCAAAAACACCAACACAAUGGCCAUCCAAAAGCUAAACAAACUCCCCCAAUCCACCGUCCUCAAGCAAAUCCUCAAACGCUGCUCGAGCCUCGGUCGAAAGACCAACAACGCUUGUGCCUACGAUGCCGAUGACGACCUCCCCCUCGAUGUCCCCAAGGGUCAUUUCGCUGUCUACGUCGGCGAAAACCGUAGCCGAUUCAUCGUCCCUAUCUCUGUCCUUACUCACCCUGAAUUCCAAUGCUUACUCCGUCAAGCAGAAGAAGAAUUCGGAUUCGACCACUACAUGGGUCUCACCAUCCCUUGUCAAGAACACGUCUUCAGAUCCUUAACAUCCUCCAUGCUUCGAUGAACAACCCCGUCGUUCCGAAACGUUAUAUGAUCUCGAGCUCUUUUCUUCAUCAUUUGAUCGAAUUUUCAUGAAAACAAGAAUUUACAAGAAUUUGAAGAUGGUCAAAUAAGAGAGAUAGCUCUAUUUCUCUUAUUUUUUUAUACAUCUUCUUUUUCACUUUCUUUUUCAUGGAUUUCUUCAUCAUUAUUAUUAUUUUUUUUCUUUCUUUUUUUUUUUGACUUCUCUAACUUAGUAUCCAAUUUUCAACCCAAGAUCUCAAAAGGGUUGAGAA